CUAUAGUGAUGUAUUUUAACGCCAUGCCACAAGACAACGAUCAAAACUACAAUGCAAUUUACAAAUUAUACUGUGAUAUUGCUAGAUACACUAUAAGUAGUAACAAAUUAGAAAAUCUUCAAGAUUUACAAAAAAGAUUAAGGCAAGAACAGAAAAUUAAUCUAUUGGAGAAGCAUGAAAAUCAAACUCUAGGAGGAGGAGUUUUAAAUCUUGCAGUUAAAUGGAAUAAUCCACGUGUUGUUGAAUUUCUUUUAAUAAAUAUUAACAAAGAACAAUUAAAGCUUGAUCUUAACAGUAAGGAAUAUAAAGAAUAUCAAACAUUAAAGAAAAAAGCCGAAAAAAUUGCCAUUAAAAAUGGUAACUCUGAAAUAAUCGAGUUGUUUACAGAUUAUAAGGAAAUACCUAAUAAAACUAAAAAGUUUAAUACUGACAGUAAGUUAUGCGUUGAAACAAUCGCUCAAAAUAGAGAGAAUACUUUUUAUGAUAUUAACAGUAAAAUAGUACCUCAUUAUCAGACAAGAAGGGAUUUUCGUAUUGCUCUAGGAAAGGAUUAUAUGGGAGGUAUUGUGACAGGAGUACUUGUUGUUGCUGCUAUCAUGCACCUUUCUGACGCUUUUAAAGCGGUUUUUGGUGCCUUGGCUAUACUUGUUGCAAUAGGUACUGGCUUGCAUAUAAAAAAUUCUACAAUACCAAGUUACGUGGAAAUGCAAGAAAAUAGUGUUAAAUGUGCAAGUCAACAGAGGGGCUAUGCUUAACAUAGCUGCCUUAUA